GGAAGGAAGAAGCGGGGUGGGGGGGGGAGACUCGAGGAGCGGGGGGAGGCCUGGAUCUCUACACGCUUCCUCCUCUCUGGCCACCUGAGAGGAAGACACGGCAAAGGAAAGGAAGAGAAGCGAGAAAGGAGGAGAGUUGAUCCCGAGGAGGGGAGGGACGACAAAAAAGAUUUGAAACCAUGUCAGGGCGGCCCAGAACCACCUCCUUUGCAGAGAGCUGCAAACCGGUGCAGCAGCCUUCAGCAUUUGGCAGCAUGAAAGUUAGCAGAGACAAAGAUGGCAGCAAAGUGACCACAGUGGUAGCAACUCCUGGACAGGGUCCAGACAGACCUCAAGAAGUUAGUUACACAGACACCAAGGUAAUAGGGAAUGGAUCUUUUGGCGUUGUGUAUCAAGCCAAACUCUGUGAUUCAGGAGAGCUGGUUGCCAUUAAGAAAGUUCUUCAAGACAAGAGAUUUAAGAAUCGAGAGCUUCAAAUCAUGAGAAAGCUCGAUCAUUGUAAUAUUGUCAGAUUGCGCUAUUUCUUUUACUCCAGUGGAGAGAAGAAAGAUGAGGUAUACCUUAAUUUGGUCCUGGACUACGUUCCUGAAACAGUAUACAGAGUUGCCAGACAUUAUAGUCGGGCCAAGCAGACACUCCCCAUGAUAUUUGUGAAGUUAUACAUGUAUCAACUAUUCCGAAGUUUAGCCUAUAUUCAUUCCUUUGGAAUAUGCCAUCGGGAUAUAAAACCACAGAACCUUUUGCUGGAUCCUGACACAGCUGUCCUGAAACUUUGUGAUUUUGGAAGUGCAAAACAGCUGGUUCGUGGUGAGCCUAAUGUCUCUUACAUCUGCUCUCGGUACUAUAGGGCACCAGAGUUGAUCUUUGGAGCUACUGAUUAUACCUCCAGUAUAGACGUUUGGUCAGCAGGCUGUGUAUUGGCAGAACUGUUACUAGGACAACCAAUUUUCCCAGGUGACAGUGGUGUGGAUCAGUUGGUGGAAAUAAUCAAGGUCCUUGGAACCCCUACAAGAGAACAAAUUCGAGAAAUGAAUCCAAACUACACUGAAUUUAAAUUUCCCCAAAUUAAGGCACAUCCAUGGACUAAGGACUCGUCAGGAACAGGACAUUUCACCUCAGGAGUACGGGUCUUCCGGCCGCGCACUCCACCAGAAGCAAUAGCACUAUGUAGCCGUCUCCUGGAAUAUACGCCCACUGCACGUCUCACUCCGCUGGAAGCAUGUGCACACUCUUUCUUUGACGAAUUACGGGACCCAAACAUCAAACUACCAAGUGGGCGAGAGAAACCUGCACUGUUUAACUUCACCACUCAAGAACUAUCAAGUAAUCCAUCUCUGGCUUCAACCCUCAUACCUGCUCAUGCUCGGAAUCAAGCAGCUGCUUCAACCCCUACAAAUGCUCCAGCAGCUUCAGAUGCUAACGCGGGAGACAGAGUUCAGACCAAUAACGUAGCUUCAGCAUCAGCCUCCAAUUCCACCUGAACUGGUCACAAGCAGCAACCUGUACAGAAACAAUCGCCAGUAAUUCGAGUCUUGCUCAGCAACACUGGUCACAUUUGGAAAGAAAAUUUUAAAAAGAGGAAAACCCUGUUCAUUAUAGUGUUUUUUUUUUAAUUGUUCUUAUUUAACCUUGUAAAAUAUCUAUAAAUACAGCCAGCUUCAUUGUAUCCUCACUCUGUGGGCUCUUUGGGGCAGGGGAAUAGGUGGGGUUGGAAGAGAUGAGGUGAAGCAAUAGAAUACACCAGUGUCUCUUCCCAUGACAAUCUUUGAAUUUCAAACAGUUGCUGUUGUGUGUACUUCAGAAUCAGGAAUCGUGACUCAUGCCUCUCCCACAACACAAAGAAGGAAAACCCUCAUUCUGCUGAAGCUCCUUUUAAAAGCCUUGUAUUUUAAGUGAAGUUCCACAACUUUUGAUGUAAUGCACAACUUGAAUUUGGUCAGGAGCUUAGCAGGAGCUGCUCAUCUCGAAUAUCAUACGCUGGAGACCUUAAUUGUCUUUGGGCUGGAGUUGGGGAGAGGAAGUGCAAAGUGCGGUGCUAAAAUAUGCUGAAUUGCCAAACGGAAUUGCGGGAGUGGGGCGGAGGGUGGGGAAGAGGACUUUUAGUGUGUGAAUAACGCUUAGAGUAAUUAGGGGCAGCUCUUGAUCCGUCUAGCUUUGGAAAACCCUGCAGAUACACAAGUUACAUAGGGGCCCAGAGACUAUCAGCUUAAAUUAAAGAUGCUCGUUCACCUAGCCUAAACUUCUAGAAUGAAACAUUAAGGGAUCUGUCAAGCACAAAAGAGACCUUGGCCAGUCACUUGCUGCCUUCCGUCGAGAGGCGCAGGUGUACAUAUUCCUCCAGGUGCAGAAAAGGGCUUGGAAGCCAGGGGACAGGGCACGUUGCCCCCCUGUCCACCCCAUCUCUGACUUGAGACUGGCCUCUUUCCUGAAUGCCAGGAAUUAUAAUGUGAAUGGACAUCAUCUUUUCAUUACAGUUAGUUUUUCAAGUUACUACAUUAUUUUACAGGCAACAUGUAAGUCCAAGCCUAGAAUUUGUGUUUAAUUUCACCUUUUCAACCUCUUUCUUUCUCAUUUUUAUUUAUUGCUUUUCAGCAGCUGCUGUUGUUAUGCUUUCACGAUCGUGGGCUAUUAAUAAAGUAGACACAUCAGUUUACUUGCACCUCCUCAGUUAUAGAAAGCUAAAUGUGUGUGUGUCUGUGUGUCUGUGUGUUUGUGUGUAUAUAUAUAUAUAUAUAUAUUAUAAAUAUAUACAUAGAUACAGUGCUGCUUUUUAUUUUUAUUGUUUAAUCUAUAACCAGUCUGACUGUAUCAGAAAUGCCUGUUUAUAGUGUCAGUCCUGAGUUAUUUUUGUAGUGGCAAAAAGUCAGUGUCUCUGUUUCUGAAGUUAAAGCAAUACUCCUUGGAAGGUUCUAAUAAGGUUGCGAGUGGGAAUGCCAUUGCUAGUGCAGCAACAGAAAUCGGUUGUUUUGACUUUUCCUUUCGGAUUUGGGAGAUGUGCCCAACUAGGCCUUAUAUAGUCAUCCAAAUGAACCUUUGUCAUCUUCGUGCUCUUGGGAGUUUAUUUCACUGGUCAAUUUUUUGCAUUGCGAUGAACGAUUUUGGCUGUAGAGCACCUCUUUGAGGACGGCAGGAGACUUGUGGACUCAGGGCCUUCCUCCUAGGCCUCGUUUGCUCCCUGGGCACGAAGGCAUUGGCAGGAGGAGGUGAGCCGGCCCUCCUUCACCCUAGGGGCCUUCCGGGGAGGGGGUUGUCACCUGCCCAGCAGACAGGAUGGCAGGAAAGAGGAUCCACUUCAGUUACUACAAUACUUCAAGGGUCACAAGUCUGAAAACCCUUUUUGGUUCAGAUACUCGAUGUUUCCUACAAAAGAACCUGUGGGAGGCCUGGAGGGGGAACUGGCUGCAGGGAAUGAGUCCAUAAGUGUCUUCCAUGUUGUACAUCCAGCCUUCAUGAUCAAAGCUCAGGAGACACUUGAACAAGCAGGGCAGUGGCAGAGGGAUCCGUACUGCAGCGGCUGGCAGCAGGGAGAGUCUGAGCUCAGGAGAGCACAAUGGGGUCUUCUUAGAAGUGGCAUUAUUGUUCUUUUCGUUUGAAGCUAGCAGGGGAGAAGAAUUAAAAGCUUUAAUUCUUUUUAAUUUUUUUAUUUUGUGUGUGUGUGUGCGUGUAGGAUCUGGACAGUUUUAUCUUCUUGAGGAUCAUGGCAGGACUGCAAACAAAGUUUUAUACAAAUUUAGAUCCAGAAUUUUCGAACCAUUUUUGUAAAUAAACUGACAAAAGCUCCUCACCAAAUUCAAGUUUGUACAUUAGUUGUUUUAAACAUGUUGAGUUUUAUUGCUUUGUAUGUAAAUAUGUGGACCCAGGAACUGCUGUUAAUGAGCAAAAAGUUACCAUUCAGGGCAGUUAUUCUGUUUUAAUAAUCAGACAAAAUGUAGACGAGCUUUUUAAAGCCAUAUAGUUCUAACUCUGUACAGUAGAUAACCGGCCUGUAUUAUUGUAACAAUAACUCUAGCGAUGUAUAGUAUAUCUAUAUAGUUUGGAGUGCCUUUGCUUCUAUGAUUUUUUGAAGUUCUUUUUCACCCUUUUUGUAAUGGAUGCCUCACACAUUAAAUAUCUUUGCUUCCCUUCUUUCAGCAAUUCCAUGGUCAGCAGCAUAAUUAAAAUAAACUACAUCCAUAACUUGUUUUAUUUCAAGCCAUGGCUUUUUUGUAGGUUUUAAAAUUUCCCUUCCCUACCUAAGAAUAGCAGUGACCAGUUUCAUUUGAUGUUUGCUCUCUUGGCAACUAAGUGGCAAGUUUACACUUUGCUUGCAUAUACCACCCAGUACAUUUGCCAAGACUUCUUAUAAGCAGCUUCUGGAAGCCUUGGCUCAGUCUCCCUGUAGAGGCAGGAUCAGGCUUUGCAAAGAGGCUGCAAUAAAGGUAGGGGCAGGAUGAGGAUCUAGACCGCCCCUCCCUCUUCCCCCUCUGUUUUUUACGGAGCUAGAAAUCUUGCUUGUUUGGCCAGAGAUUAAUCUGUGGUAUUGAGGGUUUGUUCGUCACAGUAAAAUCCCACUUGCCCUCCCUCUCCCAGACACCCUCCCCCCUGGAUGUUCCCCCUCACCCCCAUAGAGUAAUUUUGAAGUUGAUCUUAAUUUUUUGUGCCCCAGCACGAAGGCCUUGCUUUCGAAACUUUGCUCAUGUGUGUGUCCUACCGUGUUAGUAUUCCACGUGAGAUUGUCUUCAGUGGCAAAAUGCUAAACUUUUUUAUCAAACCAAAGGUUGCUGGUUUUUGUUUUGUUUUGUUGUAACCAUCUUGUGUUCAUUCCAGUAAGGCAGAGGCUGCACUUUUUCUGGUGACACAAAGGUCAGUGAUAGCAUUUUGUUUCUGACAGUCCACUCAGAUUUUUAUUUUUGUGGCUUGCUUUUAAAUGAAGUAUUUGUAUGGUCUCUCAAUCUACCCUUUGUCUGCAUUGCAACUGUGCAUGUCCCCAGGAUGGCAUUAAUUAUAUUUUCUGUGUCCCCAACUGAAUGUCAAUCAAGACACUGGUUAUCUUAGUUUCUGUGUAUCUUUCUUAAGAGAACAAAAUAAACAAAAGAGAAUGUUCUACACAACUCUAGCUGAUGCUUGAACAUAGUUCCUUUUUAUUAAUAAGCCAAGUGAUGGUAGAUGUCUGUAAUUAAUGUUCAUUUGAAAAGUCUCCAGACUAGUAAUGCUUCUGAAGAAAUGUUAACCAAUACACUUUUCUCCAUUAGAAAUCUCAGCCACUGGAGGUCAAAACCAGUAACAAAAAGCACAGUUUAGUAUCCAGCCCAGAUAUACAUUUUUCAGAUAUAAGCAUCAGAUAAUUUUAGAAUUUUCUGAUAUUUCUAUAGGGGCUUUAGCCAAACGUUUCAAAUUUCUUGCUUCAUUUUGCAAUAAGGCAAUAACAGCAAAAUGAAAGGGCAUAUUAAGACUAGUACCUAGAUGUGUUGCUUGAAAAUACGUAUCUUCCUUCCUUGUGUAGUUGUUCUUGGUUUUUUGGAAAAACAAUUUAUAUAUAUAAAUAACCAUUUAUAUAUAUAAAUAUGCUUGCCUGUAAAGUUUGUUACUAUAUUGCUGAUAGAUCACUUGGGCUUGCACACACAAUUAGUGUGAUCACUUCCAUCUUAAAAACAGAAAAUUAAAAUAUAUAUAAAAUGAACUGUGGGUUGUAUACAAACUAUUGCAUACACGUGCAAAGCUGUCUUGAUUCAAAGAAGAAGCAAAACAUGUAUAACAUUAUUACUACUUGAAUGCCUCUGUGACUGAUUUUUUUUUCCUUUUUAAAUAUAAACUCUUUUGUGGAAAGUAUGCUUAAUGUUUUAUUAUUUUACCUCCUCCCUUCUGCUCCUUUGUAAAUACAUUUUGUUCUGUGUAACUUGGUUCAGAAAUAGUUAACUGGUACUGUAAUUUGCAUUAAAUAAAAAGUAGGUUAGCCUGGACAUGAAAUUUAAAAAUACAAAGUGUGUGGUCUUUAUUUCAAAACUCUGGCCAUUUCUGUCCACCACCUUCUUUAACUUUCUUCUUCUGUUUCUGUUCACCUUUUUCCAGAACCAUCCCCUGACCAAAAAGGUGGGUUUAAAUCUUUAUAAUAUAUAUAUAUUAAAAAAACAUGGAAUUAGCAUGUUUGGUCUGUAUUAAUCUAUAAUAAUUUUGAAAGUGAUAACAGCUUCUGUCUUCUACCAAGCCAUUUUGUUUGGUAGAGAGAAGGAAGAAUCUCUUCACAGUGAUCAUAAUACAGAUGCCCCUACUUUACUGCUCACCUACAAGACAUGCUAAGACAUUUUAUAAAGUGCUUCCCUUAUUUGAGCCCCUGAGUAAUGAUACUUGGUGAUGGUGUGAAGAGUUUAUCAUAACCACGUCUUGUGAGGCUGUUCCCUCCAACAAAUCGGCACGUUGCUAUCUCUGAGCUGGGUUUCAGUCCUGGAUAAUGUAUGUAUUAAACGUGAUGUCUGUUUGCGCAAAAACAAAAUAUCUUUUUUCAGGCCGAUGAUUGGCCAGAUCCAUUCUGUUACUAUUCUAAAAGGCUAGAUGCAAAGUCAUGUGACUACUGCUUCAAUAAAAAAAAUUAUAUUGCGAAAAA